UUUUCAAUCGAUGAAGCUGUUGCUGGAAAUAAUAAUAAUAAUAAUCGUUGGCGCAACAAUCCAAUUGGAUCAGAGCCUUGAAGUGUGUUAGAGCACGUCAUUCAAGAUCGUAACGGUACAGUAUAGGGUAGCAGUACCCUGUAGGAGGCAAUGGGGUCAGCAUUGCCACUCGCCCGAGAUUUAUACCCUGAUUUAAAGAGAAGAUUAGAUAUAAAUUGAUAUGAAUAUGCAUUGAUCUAAUGGAUCUAUUUUCGGUUAUAUACGGGCUAACAAUAUAUAUUAUUAACCAAAAUAGCAGUGUUGGUAACACUUUCUUGUUUCUCCUCCAUACAAGCAAUUGCACUUGCAACGAACUGCGAACCCAUGAUUUGGCUGUCAUCCUAGGAAGGGAUUUACGAUGAAAACAAAAUUCAAGUUGCAAUAGGAAUAACCUUUACAUGACGAACCUAUUUGAAGGUUCCACUUCUCGAUUUUGAAAAUAAGUGAAACUUGUCGCUAAUCGGUCUAGCUUGGUGUGUUGUGAAAGUUCUGUUGACAUAGUUGAAGAUUUUUAACAUACGUGAAAGUGGACUGCACAAAUGUCACAGUGAAAAUAUAACUAUUCUCCCAGUCCGUGAGGAAAGGAUAUUUUUGAGACGUUGUUUAGCCUUCACCACUGUUGUAAUAUUUCUCCCUAAGCAUUACGUAGCAUAAUUGUCGUCAUUCUAUUCGUUUUAUCUAUUCUGCUGAAUCUGAAUCAUUCUUGCUGUUCUAAGGGUGAAAGCUGGGUCUUUUCUUAAGGCUUAGGUAAUGCAAUGCUGGAGUGAGGAAAAUAAAUUUGAAUGAAAGCAUAUAAUCUCGAUAGCUCGUGAGGUAUCACGAGAAUUUCAAAAUGGAUUUGGUUGAUAUCGAUAAAGUCCUAGAUGAUUUGGAACUGAAUGAGGACGAGACGAAGUUCAAAACUCCGGCUAGACAUUCCGUCAAAACUAAAGUUUGCCCUGAAGAAACUGAACAACCACAGCCGCAAGUUCAACAGGCAUUCGAACCUUUUCCAGUGGUUUCCACAAUAGAGGCCAAUAACAACAACGAGAAACCCACCAAGUCAAAAAGUUUUGUAAAUAUAACCAAUGUUUUCAGUUGCCUUCAUGAAUAUGUAAACGUUGAUAUUGAACAUAUCAUCCGCGCCGGAACACCACGUAAACAGGAGCAAGAACUAGGUGAUUCUCAUCAAGAAACUACACAGAUUCCACCCCAAAUCCAAGAAAAACAACCUCACGGUGAUAAUGACGAUGAUGAAGAAUGUACUGAUUGCUUCCCAGAAGACGAAAAUUGCGGUGGAAUAACAUCCGCUAGUUCAAUUACAACCUCAUCACCCUCAUCUUUUUCCUCUGGUCCAUCGCCAGGUUCGUCAAGUGAUUCAUCUAAAUCAUUCACUCCCGAAGAUGAAUUUUGCAAUUCAAAAAACGACCAGGAACAGGACGAUGAUUCCCCUGCCAAACCCGAAAAGAUUGCAGAACGUAGCGAUGUGGAUUCUCACUCCUCAGGCGCAGUAACUGACCCAGAGGGCGAAAUCGAACCAGAUAUUAACACAUAUCAAGGAUCUAGAAACACCAAAGGUCUUGAUGAAAAUAGCUGUGAACUUGGAUUGUCAUCGAUAUCAUCAUGUUUUUACAACGAGAACACUUCUUCAUCUUUCCCUGGCCUAAGCAAUGAUUUAUAUAAACUGGAUGCAUUGAACUCUGCACCUUCAUCCACUCCGAAAGAUAGUGAAGAAAUCGUUUCCGAGGAAGCAGAAAAAAGCCACACUGAAAACAUCAUUGACCAUCAUCCAACUGCAAUUAAUACCCCCGAACAAGAAGUAAACUUUGUGCAACCAGAUGAAAGGUUAAAUCCUACAAACUCACCACGAGAAUCUCAGGCAAUAGAUCAACCGGCUGUAAUUGGAUUUGGUUCAACAAUGGAUGAAAUAUCAGAUACUGAAUUGGAUAGCAUUUUACAAGAAAUUGAUAGCGAUCUGCAGAUUUUUAAUUCCGCCAAAACGUCUGAGUUCGAACGUGAAACAACACAAAACGAAGUACUCGAUACGUUGGAUAAAAGCGACGUCGCUUCAGCCUCCAUGUGCGUUCCUCCUGUAGACCGAACAUCAAAAGCCACUACUGAUGAAGAUAGUCAUGGCAACGAUAACAUUGCUAACAUGGAUAACUUCUCCCAGGCAUCUACCAUCGAAUUUGCAGAAUCCCGUAUUCAAACUGAUUUUGAAAAUGAACCACCAGCUGUUCAGACCGGCAACUACGAGGGACUAGCAACAAGCGACACUCUUACAACAACAGAAUGUCACCAAGAAAUUUGCAAUUUUACAUGUGAAAAUCAAGAAAGCAAUUUGGAUACAGAUCAAACAACAAAGGUCAAUCAACAUCGUCCAAAUUCCCUCGACAUUCCUGCACAAUCGAUCAAUGUAAUUUCGACGGCAGGCCAGACACCUCCUGCAUCUGUUUUAGACAACGAUCGCAAUACUGUGUCAAAUUCAAGUUCAGACGACCUGUCCCCCCAAACUUCCGGCCAAGUCUCCGAAAGCGAGAUCAUGGCGUCAACUCCUAUUCAAGCUACAGGAUUCAGUGGUGACUCUAAAUUGGGUAAAGUGCCACCGUUUUGGAUACCCGAUAGUGAAGCUCCAGCAUGUAUGCAAUGUCAAAUAAAGUUUUCCUUAAUAAAACGGCGUCACCACUGUCGUGCUUGUGGUCUUGUCCUUUGUUCCACGUGCUGUUCUCAAAAGGCUAAACUUGAGUUCCUUGGGGACAUUGAAGUUCGCGUCUGUGUUCAAUGCCAUCUUAUCCUACGAGAACGGACCACAGGUUCCAACGAAUUGGGGCAAGUUAAUAUGAAUAUAAACGAAAAUGCUGCACUGAAUCGAUCACCGAAUCCGAACAACCCGAUGGAAUAUUGUUCGGUAAUCCCACCCCACCAGCAGGUUACAGACGCAAUCGCUUCCUCCAAUCCUAUAUCGGUGAUGGUUCCUGUCGGUGUUCUAAAGCGAGAAGGUGUUCCGCCAAAAAAUAAUCGAAAAGACAAAAACGUGAUAUUUAGUGAUGGAAUUCGACCUGGAUGUGAUCUAGCUGAAUUAGAUGAUACCUGGGACGACAAGGGUGAAAGCAGUAGCAGCAGUAGAAAGUCAGGAAAUAACAACAGCAGAAAAUCACACACCCCAUCAGGUCUAAGUUCACCUCCCUAUCACGGUCAUGCGAGUUCCUCCCGUUCUAAACGGCCUGCUACCAAGUUUCAAGAAUCUGAAUCAUAUAUCCCAGAAACUCCAAACGGAUUACCGCCAAUUUAUACGAAAAAUAUCACUGAAACGGAGCUGAUUGACGUGGCAAACGAUGCUGAGCUUAUAUCACGCCUCAAAUCAGAAACCCUACAAUUCGCAAUCCAGAGAAAUUUAUAUGUUUUUGUUAAAAUCACAAAGCUAAAAUGCUGCGUCAACAAAACAGUUAUGAACUUCACCAGUCGAGGAAUGCAUCACGUCGGUCAAGAUGAAAUUGUAAUUCUUCUGGAAUAUGAUGAAACUUCGACGAAUCCUCAAAAUAGACUUGUGCCUAAGGAUAUCUUUGUUCACUUGAAUUUAAUCUAUUGUCAAGCCCAUAGGGGUCGAACAGUUAGCGAACUAGGGUUUUCAAUGCCCAAUUCACAGUAUUUUCUAGGAUCCCGUGAUCAUGGUGGCUUUCUCUACAUAAGGCCAACAUUUCAAUGUCUUUUGGAACUUUGUUUGCCAGACGCUCCAUUCCUUAUAGGUAUUUUGAUACAUAAAUGGGAAAUUCCAUGGGCGCGAGUGUUUCCCUUAAGAUUGAUGCUCAGGCUUGGAGCGCAAUUUAGAUACUAUCCGAGUCCGCAUGUGUCAGUACCGUUCCGUGAUCCUGUUUAUGGUGAAAUAGCCCAGACAAUCAUCAAUUUUCUAGCGGACUUUCGAAACUACUCCUACACUCUAGGUACCAUUCGUGGAAUGUAUAUUCAUAUGGAGGAUCGAAAAACUAAUGUGUUGAUACCAAAAAACCGACAUGAUCAAAUCCUUAAGGCACUAAACAAUUCAAGUGAUCAUAUCCUGGCUCUUGGUGGCAACCUGUCGAAAAAAGCAGAUGGCCACUUGGUAUGUAUUCAGAAUAUGGAAUCUAAUUGCGCAGAGUCACACACGUACUCCACCCAAGCUAUUAAUAUCCAGGGGCAGCCAAGAAAAGUAACCGGUGCUAGUUUCCUAGUACUCAAUGGUGCCUUAAAAUCAUCUAGCGGGCUGCAGGGAAAGUGCAGCAUAGUUGAGGAUGGUCUUAUGGUUCAAAUAUUGCCCGCAAAAAUGGCUCUAGUCAGAACUGCUUUACAGAAUAGGACAGAUGUUGAGAUUGUUUGCGGUCCUGUCGAUGCCGACGAAUCACAAACAGAGACUGUCAACAUACUAUGGACAGAUGAUGAUAAAGAGUUUAACAUAGGUGUGAAAUCACCGAUCGAUGGUAGGAAAAUGGAUGGUAUUCCUAGCAUACGUGUUCAUUCUGGGUUGAAUCACUCCAAUGCCAGCCACAUCCUACGAUGGACAGAAGUGUUUAUAAUUCAAAUGGACGACGAAUCACCGCAUGAUAAGGAUACAAUCGAUGUUCAGAAAAUUUCUGAACAAAUAGCCAAAAGUGCGUCGAGUGCGCUAGUCUCUUUCUUGGAUCUUUUGGCGGCUAGUGGCUGUGUUAGGAUAGGAUUACGUGUAACGCUACACCAGGAUAAUGUUUGUUAUGAAACUGGCUCACUGAAUUCCAAGUUACCACCAUUAUAUAUGAAUGCUCUAGACAACGAGCUGAUUCCAACUCUUCAUCGGCUUGGGACAAGUUUACACGGAAUCGGCAAGCCAAUUAUUUUUGAAUUGAUUUUUCAUAUUCUUGAUAAAUAAAAUCAAUGUUUUCCUUUUCUUCCCUUCCCUCCUUAUUGUGUUUAAAAUCAUAUCUUAUUAGAAACAUUCGUAUUUAUUAGCAAAUGUUCACAAGUGAGUAGUGUAACACUCUUGCAAGCUUAACGAAUGGAGCAAGCAUAUAUAUAUAUAUAUGUAUGUAUAUAUAUUGUAUAUUGUCUGUAUAAGUAAAUGGAACUAUGUUACAAUA